GGAGCAGCCACAUCGAACACAUACCACUAAUUCUAUAUGAUGGCCGAUCACUUAGACGAACCGCCUCAGAAGCGGGUCAAAAUGGAUCCAACGGACAUCUCCUUCUUCCUGGAGGAGAACCUGCCCGACGAGUUGGUGUCCUCGAAUAGCGGCUGGUCGGAUCAGUUAACCGGCAGCGGUGGGGGCGGCGGCGGUGCCCCCGGUGUUAAUACAAAUUCCACCUCCGGACCAAAUGCCGGCGGCGGACCAAAUAAACCACCUGCCCAGGGACCGGGACCCGGUUCUGGACCUGGCGGCGUUGGUGUCGGAGUCGUCGGCGGCGUUAAUGUGGGCGUCGUCGGCGGCGUCGGCGUUGUGCCUUCCCAGAUGAAUGGAGCCGGCGGCGGCGGCGGCGGCAAUGGCGGCAAUUCCAGUACUGGUGGCGAUGAUGGCAACGGCAAUGGCACUGGUGGCGGCGGUGGCGGUAAUGCCGGCCCUCAGCUACGUCACAUGCAACAUCAGCAACAGCUGCAACAUCUGCUCCAACAGCAACAGCAACAGGGCCAGAAGGGCGCCAUGGUGGUGGCCGGAAUGCAGCAACUGGGCAGCAAGUCACCCAAUCUGCAGUCACCGAAUCAGGGCGGCAUGCAGCAGGUGGUGGGCACACAGAUGGGCAUGGUGAACACGAUGCCCAUGUCCAUAUCGAAUAACGGCAACAACGGAAUGAAUGCCAUACCAGGCAUGAACACCAUCGCCCAGGGCAAUCUGGGCAACAUGGUGCUGACGAACAGCGUUGGCGGCGGAAUGGGCGGAAUGGUCAACCAGCUGAAGCAACAGCAGCCAGGCGGCGGCGGCGGUGCCGGUGGCAUGAUCAACGCUGUAUCCGUACCCGGUGGUCCCGGCGGACCCGGUGCCGGUCCUGGAGCUGGUGGAGGCGGCGCAGUCACACCCAACCAGGGCAUGCACAUGCAGAAUGGUCCGAUGAUGGGUCGCAUGGUGGGGCAGCAGCAUAUGCUCCGCGGACCGCAUCUUAUGGGAGCUGCGGGUGGUGCCGGAGGACCCGGCAAUGGACCCGGAGGCGGUGGACCACGCAUGCAGAAUCCCAACAUGCAGAUGGGUGAGUAUCCUUUUGCAGGGCAACUGAACAGCCUGCCCUACGGAGUGGGUCAGUAUGGCGGACCCGGCGGCAACAAUCCCCAGCAGCAACAGCAGCAGCAGCAACAGCUCCUGGCGCAGCAGAUGGCCCAGCGGGGCGGUGUAGUGCCGGGCAUGCCACAGGGCAACCGGCCGGUGGGCACCGUUGUGCCACUGCCGACGCUGGGCGGCGAUGGAUCCGUCUCCGGCGGCCAACUGGUGGGCGGUAAUCCACAGCAACAAAUGCUGGCCCAGCAGCCGGGCGCGAUGGGCCCCAGGCCGCCGCAACCAAACCAACUGCUUGGCCAUCCUGGCCAGCAGCAGCAACAGCAGCCGGGAACGUCGCAACAGCAACAGCAAGGAGUCGGUGGUAUUGGUGGUGCUGGCGGUGUGGUGACUGGAGCAGGCGGCGGUGCCGGUGGUGGUGGCGGAGUAGUAACUGGUGCCGGUGGCGUGGCGACAGGCGGUCCGGGUGGCGGCAGUCGCGACGUUCCCGACGACCGGAAGCGGCAGAUCCAACAGCAGCUGAUGCUACUCCUCCAUGCCCACAAGUGCAACCGACGCGAGAACCUGAACCCGAACCGUGAGGUGUGUAAUGUUAACUACUGCAAGGCCAUGAAGGCCGUACUCGCCCACAUGGGUACAUGUAAGCAAAGCAAGGAUUGCACGAUGCAACACUGCGCCUCCUCGCGACAGAUCCUCCUACACUACAAGACCUGCAUAAACAGCGCCUGCAUAAUUUGCUAUCCCUUUCGACAGAAUCAUUCGGUGUUCCAGAACGCCAAUGUCCCACCUGGCGGAGGCGGCGGAGGGUCCCAAGUUGGCGGCAAUACUGUGGCCGGUGGGCCCGUAACCGCAGGACCUGGCGGUGCUGGUGGUAACAAUGCUGGCCCCGGUGCACCCGGUGGCAUCCAGCAACAGCAACAACAACAACAGCAGCAGCAGAACCAGCAGCAGCAGCAGCCCAACCUCUCUGGCCUGGUGGUGGACGGUAAGCCGGGCCAGCAGCAGGUGCCGCCCGGUGGUGGCCAGAAUACGGCCAUCGUGUUGCCACAGCAGCAACAGGGCGGAGCGGGCGGCGGUGGCGGCGCUCCCGGAGCACCAAAGACCCCGCAGGACAUGGCCCAGCAACUGGCCCAGCAGCAGCAGCAGCAGCAGGUGCACCAGCAACAAGUCCAACAGCAGCAGGAGCUGCGCCGGUUCGACGGCAUGGGCCAGGUGGGACUGUCGCCCGUGACGGGUGGUGGCAUGCAGCAGCAGCAGCAACAAGGCCUGCCGCCCACCAUCCGUAUGCAGGGCGCCCCGCCAGCCGUCAGGGUACUCGGACCCGGUCCCGGACCCAGUGGACCCAAUGUCCUGCCCAACGACGUCAACAGCCUCCAGCAACAGCAGCAGCAACAGAUGCUCCAGCAGCAACAGCAGGGUCAGAACCGCAGACGUGGCGGCGGCCUGCCCAACAUGGUGGACCAACAGCAGCAGCAACAGCCCAAUCCCUCCCAGCUGGGCGGCAACAUUCCAGCACCGCUCUCGGUGAACGUCACCGGCUUUGGCAAUGCCAAUUUCGGUGGAGCCGGCGGUGCCGCAGUGCCCGGCGGUGGAGCCAACGACAAGCAGCAGCUGAAGGUGGCGCAGGUCCAUCCCCAGACCCAUGUGGUUGGGGCGGCCGGCAAUGCCGGAGCGGCUGGCAGCGGAGCGAGUGGCGGUCCUGUAGGAGCGCCCGGUUCCAGCUCACUUAUGCCCGCGGAUACGACUGGUGCCGGUGGCGGCCCCAAUGCGGGCGGUAAUCCCAACCAGAAUGCUGGCGCAGGAGCGGGCGGCGCUGGCGGUGGCGGAGGCGGUGGCACACCCGGCGACAAUGAGAAGGACUGGCGGGAAUCGGUGACGGCCGAUCUGCGUAACCAUCUCGUCCACAAGCUGGUGCAGGCCAUCUUCCCCACCUCCGAUCCCACCACCAUGCAGGACAAGCGCAUGCACAACCUGGUCUCGUACGCGGAGAAGGUCGAGAAGGACAUGUACGAGAUGGCCAAGUCGCGCUCCGAGUACUAUCACCUCCUGGCCGAGAAGAUCUACAAGAUCCAGAAGGAGCUCGAGGAGAAGCGUCUGAAGCGCAAGGAGCAGCACCAGCAGCAGAUCAUGCAGAUGCAGCAACAGCAGGCGACGGGCGGCGCGGGCACAGCCGGUGGCGCCGGAGGAGUGGCAACCGGUGGUGCGACACCCGGAGGAGCCGGUGGUGUUGGUGUCGGUGUUGGCGGUGUCCUGCCGCAACAGCAGCAGGGACAACAGCCCGGCCAGCAGCCGGGUGUCCAGCCAGGAGUACGUCCCAUCAUCAGUCCCAUUGGCGGUGUGAUGCCGCCCCAGUUGCGACCGCAGGGUCCGCUGGGCAUGGUCGGCCAGCAGCCGGGCGUCGGUGUGGGCGUCGGCGUUGGAGUCGGUGUGGGUGUGGGCGGAGUGACCAACAACAUGGUGACGAUGCGCAGCCACUCGCCCGGCGGCAACAUGCUCACCCUGCAACAGCAACGCAUGCAUUUCUCCCAGCAACCCCAGCCCCUGAAUCCGGUAUCCGGAGCGGGCAAUAUGCUCGUCGGUCCCCCAGGGCCUAGUCCUGGCAGCAUGGUCGGCAAUCCCGCUCUAUCCCCCUACCAGAUGGCAUGCAGUCCGGCGCAACCCCAACCGUUCAUCAAUGCGAACGGUGGCAGCGGUGCCGGCAAUCCUCAGCUGAGCGAGAUGAUGAAACAGCGACAGAUCCACCAGCAGCAGCAACAGCAACAACAACAGCAACAGCAGCAGCAGCAGGGCAUGCUGAUGCCACAGUCACCGUUCAGCAAUGCCACGCCCCUGCAAGCGGGCGGCAACAACUUCAGUUCCUCCAUGCAACAGCAGCAACAGCAGCAGCCGCAGCAACAGCCGCAGCAGCAGCAGCAGAAGCCGGGCAGCGUGCUGAACAAUAUGCCACCCACGCCCACCAGCCUGGAGGCGUUGAAUGCUGCCAGUGGCGGUGGAGCCGGAAGUGGCGGAGCAACUGCAGCAACGAACUCGAAUGCAACGGUUGCGGCGCCGAGCCCAUCACCGGGCUUCCUCUCCAAUGGACCCUCGAUCGGUACGCCCUCGAACAACAACAACAAUAACAACAACAACAACAGCAGCAGUAGUGCCAACAACAACCCGCCCUCGGUGUCCAGCCUGAUGCAACAGCCGUUGAGCAAUCGGGCCGCCACACCACCCUACAUACCCGCCUCACCGGUGCCGGCGACGAGUGCCUCCGGCCUGGCGGCGAACAGUACACCAGCCUCGGCGGCGGCCACCUGCGCGAGCAGCGGCAGUGGCAGCAACAGCAGCAGCAGCGGCGGUGCGACCGGCAGCGGGGCAGCUGUGGCCACCACAUCGGCGACAACGCCGCUCAGCUGUGCCUCGUCCUCGGUGGCCACACCCACAUCGGCGACCAUGGCUUCCAGCAGCAAUAGCAGUGCUGGCGGCGCGGGAACCGGCAGCGGUACGGCCACCACACCCGCCAGCAACUCCAUGCUCCUCAUGUCCGGCGGCUCGGGCGCCAGCGGCGGCGGCGGCGGCGGAGGAGGAGCGACCAGUGCAGCAACCACCACACCUUCCUCGACGAGCAGCGGCCGAAUGAUGAGCAGCUCCAUGAGCCUGUCCUCCCAGAUGGCGGCACUGGAGGCGGCGGCCCGCGAUAACGAUGACGAGACGCCCUCGCCCUCCAACGAGAACACCAAUGGCAGCGGUGGCAGUGGCAAUGCCGGCGGCAUGGCCUCCAAGGGCAAGCUCGACUCGAUCAAGCAGGAGGACGACAUCAAGAAGGAGUUCAUGGACGACAGCUGUGGCGGCAACAACGACAGCUCCCAGAUGGACUGCUCCACGGGCGGCGGCAAGGGCAAGAACGUCAACAACGACGGCACCAGCUGCAUCAAAAUGGAGAUCAAGACGGAGGACGGCCAGGAGGUCAAGAUCAAGACCGAGGUCAUGGAUGUGGACGAGGCCGGUGGCUCCACAGCGGGCGGUGCCCAUCACGAUGGCGGUGCCGAAGGUGGCACUGGCAAGGAUAACAUCAAUGGUGCCCAUGACAGUGGCGCGGCCGGUGGCAGUUCCGUGGACAUCAAGCCCAAGACGGAGACGAAGCCAUUGGUGCCAGAGCCACUGGCUCCCAAUGCUGGUGACAAGAAGAAGAAAUGCCAAUUCAAUCCGGAGGAACUCCGUACGGCUUUAUUGCCAACGCUGGAGAAGCUAUUCCGUCAGGAACCCGAAUCCGUGCCAUUCCGUUACGCCGUGGAUCCGCAGGCUCUCGGUAUACCCGAUUACUUCGAAAUCGUUAAGAAGCCAAUGGAUCUGGGCACCAUACGGAACAAUAUCCAGAAUGGCAAGUACAGUGAUCCCUGGGAAUAUGUCGAUGAUGUCUGGCUAAUGUUCGACAAUGCCUGGCUAUAUAAUCGUAAGACUUCCAGGGUAUAUCGUUAUUGUACAAAGCUUUCGGAGGUUUUUGAGGCGGAAAUAGAUCCGGUUAUGCAGGCUCUGGGCUAUUGUUGUGGCAGGAAGUACACCUUCAACCCACAAGUACUGUGCUGUUAUGGAAAGCAGCUUUGUACGAUACCACGGGAUGCCAAGUACUAUAGCUACCAGAACAGUCUAAAGGAAUACGGUGUUGCCUCAAAUAGAUACACCUACUGCCAAAAGUGCUUUAACGACAUCCAGGGCGAUACGGUCACACUGGGCGACGAUCCUCUACAGUCACAAACUCAAAUCAAAAAGGACCAGUUCAAGGAGAUGAAGAACGACCAUUUGGAACUGGAACCGUUUGUCGAUUGCCAGGAGUGCGGCCGGAAGCAGCACCAGAUCUGCGUGCUCUGGCUGGACUCGAUCUGGCCCGGCGGCUUUGUGUGUGAUAACUGCCUGAAGAAGAAGAACUCGAAGCGAAAGGAGAACAAGUUCAAUGCCAAGCGCCUGCCCACCACCAAGCUCGGCGUCUACAUCGAGACCCGCGUCAACAACUUCCUCAAGAAGAAGGAGGCCGGAGCGGGUGAGGUCCACAUCCGAGUGGUGAGCUCGUCGGACAAAUGUGUGGAGGUGAAGCCCGGAAUGAGGCGUCGAUUUGUGGAAUCCGGUGAGAUGAUGCAAGAGUUCCCGUACCGGGCCAAGGCACUGUUCGCCUUCGAGGAGGUGGACGGCAUCGAUGUCUGCUUCUUCGGUAUGCACGUCCAGGAGUACGGGUCCGAGUGUCCGGCUCCGAACACAAGACGCGUCUACAUCGCCUACCUCGACUCGGUACACUUCUUCCGUCCGCGCCAGUAUCGUACGGCCGUCUACCACGAGAUCCUGCUCGGCUACAUGGACUAUGUGAAGCAGCUGGGCUAUACGAUGGCACACAUUUGGGCGUGUCCGCCCUCGGAGGGCGAUGACUACAUCUUCCACUGCCAUCCCACGGACCAGAAGAUCCCCAAGCCCAAGCGGCUGCAGGAAUGGUACAAGAAGAUGCUCGACAAGGGCAUGAUUGAGCGCAUCAUUCAGGACUACAAGGACAUACUCAAGCAGGCCAUGGAGGACAAGUUGGGUUCGGCCGCUGAGCUGCCCUAUUUCGAGGGCGAUUUCUGGCCAAAUGUCCUGGAGGAGAGCAUCAAGGAGCUCGACCAGGAGGAGGAGGAAAAACGCAAACAGGCCGAGGCAGCCGAAGCAGCGGCAGCAGCUAAUCUCUUCUCCAUUGAGGACAAUGAGGUGAGCGGCGAUGGCAAGAAAAAGGGCCAGAAGAAGGCCAAAAAGUCCAACAAGUCAAAGGCUGCCCAACGGAAGAACAGCAAAAAGUCCAAUGAACAUCAAUCGGGCAACGAUCUCUCCGCCAAGAUCUACGCCACCAUGGAGAAGCACAAGGAAGUCUUCUUUGUGAUUCGCUUGCAUUCGGCCCAGUCUGCAGCUAGCUUGGCGCCCAUCCAAGAUCCAGAUCCAUUGCUGACCUGCGAUCUAAUGGACGGUCGAGAUGCCUUCCUUACCUUGGCCCGCGAUAAGCACUUUGAGUUCUCGUCGCUGCGCCGCGCCCAGUUCUCCACAUUGUCCAUGCUCUACGAGCUCCACAACCAGGGCCAGGACAAGUUCGUCUACACCUGCAACAACUGCAAGACGGCCGUGGAGACCCGCUACCACUGCACCGUCUGUGAUGACUUCGAUUUGUGCAUUGUGUGCAAGGAGAAGGUCGGCCAUCCGCACAAGAUGGAGAAGCUCGGCUUCGAUAUCGACGACGGCUCAGCGCCGGCCGAUCACAAGCAGGCCAAUCCUCAGGAGGCCCGCAAACAGUCCAUCCAGCGAUGCAUUCAGUCUUUGGUGCACGCGUGCCAGUGUCGGGAUGCCAACUGCCGCCUGCCAUCGUGCCAGAAGAUGAAACGCGUCGUCCAGCACACCAAGAACUGCAAACGGAAGACCAACGGUGGGUGCCCGAUCUGCAAGCAGCUCAUCGCCCUCUGCUGCUACCAUGCCAAGCACUGUCAGGAGCCAAAGUGUCCAGUGCCCUUCUGUCCCAACAUCAAGCACAAGCUCAAGCAGCAACAGCUCCAACAAAAACUCCAACAACAGCAGUUACUGCGUCGUCGCGUGGCCCUCAUGUCCCGUACAGCGGCACCCACUGCCAUGUCCGGCUCAACGACAGUCAGCGGCCCGGCCGUGGUCGCCAGCGGUGUGCCCGUGGUGGGCAUGUCCGGCGUGGCGGUUAGCCAGCAAGUGAUGCCCGGCCAGGCGGCCAUAAUGCCACCGGGACAGGGUGGCAUGUCCCCCUCAACGGUGACGGUACCCUCUCCGGUUUCGGGAGGCGGAGCCGGAGCCAGUGCCAUGGCGGGCAUGACGUCACCACAUCCUCAUCAACCGGGCAUCGGUAUGAAGCCCGGCGGUGGCCAUUCACCGUCCCCGAAUGUACUCCAGGUGGUGAAACAGGUCCAGGAGGAGGCGGCCCGCCAACAGGUGUCGCACGGCGGUGGAUUCGGCAAGGGUGUGCCCAUGGCGCCACCAGGAAUGAAUCGCCCGCUGGGCGGAGCCGGUGGCGGAGUGCCCAACCAGAACGUGAACCAACUGGGCGGCAUGGGAGUGGGAGUCGGCGUCGGAGGAGUCGGAGGCGUGGGCGGCGUCGGUGGAGUUGGUGUCAAUCAGCUGGGCGGCGGCGGAGGCGGUGGUCCGACGGGACCAGGAGGUCCGGGCGGUGUCCCGGGCGGUGCCGGUAACUGCGCCAAUGUCCUCAACGCCAACAACCUGCUCUCGAUGGACCAGUGGGGCGGCGGCGGUAAUCCCGGUGCCGGUGGCAAUCCCCAGGCCCGCUACGCCAACAAUACGACCGGAAUGCGCCAGCCCAACCAGCUCAUCCAGCAGCAGCAGAACCUGCUCUCCCAGCAGCAACUCCAACAGCAGCAGAUGAUGGGUCUGGGCGGCCCCAAUCAGAUGGGCGGCGGCGGUGGACAGAUGCCCGUGGGCGGCCAGCACGGCGGCAUGGGCAUGGGCGGCAUGGGUGCCCCGACAAUGGCCGGUGCCGGUGCGGGCGGAGUUCGUCCCCCGCCCGGUGCCGGUGGCGGAGGCGGCGGUGGCGGUCAAGCUUCCGGCAGCCUGAACACCCAGCAACUGGCCCAGAUCAUGCAGAAGAUCAAGAACAAUCCGAACAACGAAAGCAACCAGCACAUCCUCACCAUUCUCAAGCAGAAUCCCCAGAUCAUGGCCGCCAUCAUCAAGCAGCGCCAGCAGAGUCAUCAGUCGCAGAUCAAUGCUGCUGCGGCAGCUGGAGGCGGAGGAGCCGGUGGUGCUGGCGGUGCCCUUGGGCAGCAGCAGCAACAACAACAGCAGCAAGCCGGCAACGGUCCCCAGAAUCCCCAGCAACAACAACAGCAGCAACAAGUGAUGCAACAACAACAGAUGCAGCACAUGAUGAACCAGCAGGGCGGACCCCAACAGAUGAAUCCCAACCAGCAACAGCAGCAGCAGCAGCAGGUGAACCUCAUGCAGCAGGGCGGUCCGGGCGGACCAGGUCCCCAUCAGCGGAUGCCCAACAUGCAGAAUGCCAUGAUGGUGCAGAAUCUGCCGCCGGGUGUCACCACCCAAGGAGGCAUGGUGCCGAACCAGAACUGGAAGCAGAUGCGCUACAUGCAGAUGAACCAGUACCCGCCCCCGUACCAGCAGCGCCAGCGCGGCCCCCACAUGGGCGGACCCGGCGGCGGACCCGGACCCGGCCAGCAACAGUUUCCGGUAGGCAGCGGCGGUGGAGCGGGCAACUUCAAUGCCGGCGGUGCCGGUGGCGGCGUUGUCGGCGGCGGCGGAGGCCCCGGCGGUGAUCAGUACUCGAUGGCCAAUGCAGCAGCGGCCGCAGCCUCCAAUAUGCUCCAGCAGCAGGGACAGGUCGGUGUCGGAGUGGGCGGAGUCGGUGUUGGGGUCGGAGUCGGAGUGGGAGUCGGAGUGGGUGUAAAGCCCGGACCCGGACAACAGCAACAGCAGCAGAUGGGCGUAGGCAUGCCGCCGGGCGUGGGCAUGCAACAGCAGCAACAACAACAGCAGCAACAGCCGCAACUGCAGCAACAGCAGAUGAUGCAGGUGGCGAUGCCGAACGCCAAUGCCCAGCAACAGAAUCCAUCGCAGCAGCCGAACGCCCAGGUGAUGGGCCCACCAACGCCCCACUCGCUGCAACAGCAACUGAUGCAGUCGGCCCGCUCCUCGCCGCCCAUCCGCUCGCCCCAGCCCACGCCAUCGCCGCGCUCGGCGCCCUCGCCCCGGGCCGCACCCUCGGCCUCGCCGCGAGCCCAGCCCUCGCCGCACCACGUGAUGAGCAGCCACUCGCCGGCACCGCAGGGACCGCCGCACGACGGAAUGCAUAACCACGGCCUGCACCACCAGUCGCCGCUGCCCGGCGUGCCCCAGGACGUGGGCGUGGGCGUGGGCGUGGGUGUCGGUGUGGGCGUCGGUGUCGGUGUCGGUGUGGGCAAUGUCGGUGUCGGUGUUGGCAAUGCCGGUGGCGCUCUGCCCGAUGCCUCCGAUCAGCUGACAAAAUUUGUGGAGCGACUCUAGUGCAGCAGCGCCAAUAGCUACAACGGAUGGUAGCCCUAGCAUGGAUGGAUCGACCGACAUGGAGGAGGAGGAAAGCCAACCAGGAUUAGACAACUAACAUAAGACACCUCUACUCUACACACACACACACACACAAGCAAGCAAGCACACUACUAAUUCUUACCCCUCGACGAUGAGGAUGAGGACGAGGACGAGGAUUACUUUCUUCCUCCAAAAAAAAAAAAACAAUGAAAAACAAUGGCAACAAUACAAAAAACAACAACAACUAUCACAAUUAAUUAAUUAAUAAUUAUGUAGCAUUUAAGGCGAGAGAGCAGCAGGCACACGGAGAACAUGGAGAUCCUAUCACCACUAACUUUAAGUUUUAGGACAACUUUGAACAAAAAAAAAAAGCAGCAUGUUAAUAUGAUUUCUCCCCAUCUAAAUAUAUAUAUAUAUAUAUUUAA